AUGAGGGUGACGGAAUUGAUCAUCGACGGCUUCAAGUCGUAUGCCGUGCGCACGGUGAUAUCAGGAUGGGACGAGAGCUUCAACUCGAUCACCGGCCUCAACGGCAGCGGCAAGUCCAACAUUCUGGAUGCCAUCUGCUUCGUGCUCGGCAUCACCAACAUGUCUACGGUCCGCGCGCAGAACUUGCAGGAUCUUAUCUACAAGCGCGGCCAAGCGGGCGUCACCAAGGCUAGCGUCACCAUCGUGUUCGACAACAGAGACAAGAAGCGCUCACCGAUCGGCUUCGAGGAAUAUUCGACCAUCAGCGUGACACGACAGAUCGUCCUCGGCGGAACCACAAAAUACCUGAUCAAUGGUCACCGCGCGCAACAGCAGACGGUCCAGAACCUGUUCCAGUCGGUUCAGCUCAACAUCAACAACCCCAACUUCCUGAUCAUGCAGGGUCGCAUCACAAAAGUUCUGAACAUGAAGCCUGUCGAGAUCCUGGCCAUGAUCGAGGAGGCGGCAGGCACGAGGAUGUUCGAGGACAGGAGAGAUAAGGCGCUCAAGACCAUGGCGAAGAAGGAGAUGAAGCUCCAGGAGAUCACGGAGCUGCUCCGCGACGAAAUCGAACCGAAGCUCGAGAAGCUGCGGACCGAAAAGCGCGCGUUCCUCGACUUCCAGCAGACUCAGAACGAUCUCGAGCGCCUGACCAGGGUAGUGGUGGCGCACGAUUACGUCCGAUGCCAGGAGAAGCUGAAACAGUCUGCUUCGGAUCUCGAGGCGAAGAAGCAGCGCGAGAAGGAGUUGGAGGAAUCGGCCGCGCGGCUCAAGAGCGAAAUCUCUCAUCUGGAGGAGGACCUGGAAAGGGUCAAGGCGCAACGAGACAAGGAGUUGCGGAAGGGCGGCAAGGCGCAAGGGCUGGAGGAGGCAGUCAAGAAGCAUGCCAAUGAGCUGGUCCGUCUUGCCACCGUCGCCGAUCUCAAGCGCAGCAGCAUGGCGGAAGAACAAGAGAGGAGGGCAGGGUGCGAGAGGACCGUUGCUGAGCUGGAAGCUGUCCUGAAGGAGAAGACCAAGACGUACGAGAAGAUCAGGGCAAAGUAUGACGCUGCGAAAGACGCGGCCGAGAAGCUGAGUCAGGAGGCGGAGUCGAAGGAAGAACUGCUCCAGACCCUGCAGACCGGCGUCGCAUCCAAGGAAGGCCAAGGGAAUGGGUACCAAGCGCAGCUGCAGGACGCGAGGAACCGUGUGACGGCAGCUGUGACGGAGCAGGAACAGGCCAAGAUCAAGAUUGCCCAUCUUGAGAAGAGGAUAAGGGAGGAAGAGCCACGAGCGGUGCGGGCCAGAGACCAGAACGCCGGCCUGCUCGAGGAGCUCGAGGGGCUCAAACAACAGGCGCAAAGGCUGGAACAUGAGCUCGCUAAGCUCGGCUUCCAACCGGGCUCGGAGCGGGAGUUGUACAAACAAGAGACCCAGCUGCAGCAGACCAUCCGGAACCUGCGGCAAGAAUCCGACGCCCUCAAGCGCAAGGUCGCCAACAUCGACUUCCACUACUCAGACCCGGUUCCCAAUUUUGACCGGUCAAAAGUGAAAGGUCUGGUGGCACAGCUCUUCACUCUCGACAAGCAGUUCAUCCAAGCGGCCACCGCACUCGAAAUCUGCGCCGGCGGGCGGCUGUACAACGUCGUCGUGGACACCGAAGUCACGGGCACCCAACUCUUGCAGGGUGGUAGACUGCGGAAGCGUGUGACCAUCAUUCCCCUGAACAAGAUCGCCGCCUUCAGAGCCUCCGCUCAGACCGUCGCAACUGCCCAGCGGAUCGCACCGGGCAAGGUCGACUUGGCUCUCUCUCUCGUCGGUUACGAUGAGGAGGUCUCGGCGGCUAUGGAAUAUGUCUUUGGGAAUACUCUCGUCUGCGCAGAUGCCGAGACAGCCAAGAGGGUCACCUUCGACCCCAACGUACGGAUGCGCAGCAUCACGCUCGAAGGCGAUGCUUACGACCCCUCCGGCACGCUCUCGGGCGGGAGCGCGCCGAACUCCAGCGGCGUGCUGGUCACCCUGCAGAAGCUGAACGAGAUCACGAGGCAACUCAGAGAAGCGGAGGCGGCGCUCGGCCAGCUGCAAUCCCAGAUCGCGCGCGAGAAGUCCAGGCUCGACCAGGCCAAGAGGCUAAAGCAAGAGCUCGACCUCAAGGCCCACGAGAUCAAGCUGGCCGAGGAGCAGAUCGGCGGCAAUUCGUCCUCGUCCAUCAUCCAAGAGGUGCAGAACAUGAAGGAGACGGUCGCGCAGCUCAAGGAGUCGGUCGAGGAGGCCAAGAAGCGGCAGGCCGAGGCCAGCGCCGAUGUCAAGCGCAUCGAGAAGGACAUGAAGGAUUUCGACAACAACAAGGACGCCAAGCUCGUGGAGCUGCAGGCGUCGGUCGACAAGCUCCGGGCCGCGGUCGAGAAGACGAACGCGUCAAACAAGGCGCUGCAAAAGGAGCUCCAGACCGCGCAGCUCGACUCGGAGCAGGUGGCGGGCGACCUGGCCGCAGCACGGGAACAGCUGCAGGAGAUCGAUCUCGCGCUCAAGGCUCAGCAGGGAGAGGUAGAAGAGCUCGUCAAGCAGCAGCGCCAGGUCAAGGAGACGCACGACGCGGCGCAGGCGCAGCUCGAGGAGGAGCGCAAGAAGCUCCACGUUUACGACGACGAACUGCGCGCGCUCGAGGAAGCCAUCCGGUCCAAGAACGCACGCAUCACCGAAGAAGGGCUCGAGAGGCAAAAGCUCGUCCACCAGAUCGAGAAGUUCCACAAGGAGCAACAGGCGGCGGCGCAGAGCGUCGCCCGGAUGGAGGAGGAGCACGAGUGGAUCGCGGACGCGCGCGACCAGUUCGGCCGGACGGGGACGCCGUACGACUUCAAGGGCCAGAACAUUGCCGAGUGCAAGGCGACGCACAAGAACCUGCUGGAGCGCAGCCAGGGCCUGCGGAAGAAGAUCAACCCCAAGGUCAUGAACAUGAUCGACAGCGUCGAGAAGAAGGAAGUCUCGCUCAAGCACAUGAUGCGCACCGUCAUCCGCGACAAGCGCAAGAUCGAGGAGACGAUUGUGAGCCUGGACGACUACAAGAAGAAGGCGCUGCAGGAGACGUGGGAGAAGGUGAACAGCGAUUUCGGCCAGAUCUUUGCCGAGCUGCUGCCGGGCAGCUUCGCCAAGCUUGAACCGCCCGAGGGCAAGACCAUCUCGGACGGUCUGGAGGUGAAGGUGUCCCUAGGGAAGGUGUGGAAGCAAUCGCUUACCGAACUAAGCGGUGGUCAACGGUCCCUUAUUGCCCUCUCCCUGAUCAUGGCCCUCCUCCAGUUCAAGCCGGCGCCCAUGUACAUCCUGGACGAGGUCGACGCGGCCCUGGACCUGUCACACACGCAGAACAUCGGCCGCCUGAUCAAGACGCGCUUCAAGGGCUCCCAGUUCAUCGUCGUCUCGCUCAAGGACGGCAUGUUCCAGAACGCGAACCGCAUCUUCCGCACCCGGUUCAGCGAGGGCACCAGUAUGGUGCAGGCGCUGACGCCGGCGGAUCUCAAGUGAAACAUGCCCCGCAGGAAAGGGUUGCCUUUGGGUUCGUGUCAUUUUGCCGUUGGAGCAGUUGCCGCUUUAGAUAUGUGACGGAAUGCGGGUUGGAACGACGGAGUCUCUUCUUGGUCGGCAGGUACGGGGCGGGAGUAAAUACAUGGUAAACGGACAUGACUGGUUUGGGGGUCGUUGUUUGUCGGUAUUUCCAGAUCGCUUGGUGGUUCGCGUGGUAUACUUGCGCUGCAGACGUGUUAUCAUGAAGAAGGGAUUGUUUCGUGCCC